AUGUUACCUCUAGCACUCCAUCAGGGGCUUCUCUGUGCAUCUCCUCGAUCUCUUAGCUCCGCUAUAUUACCUCUAGCACUCCCUCAGGGGCUUCUCUGUGCAUCUACUCAGGCAGGUAGGUUGCGAGGUCCGACAAACUUCACUCAAGUCCUCCGCUAUAUUACCUCUGGCACUCCCUCUGGGGGUUCUCUGUGCAUCUCCUCGGCAGGACCUAAAUGUCGUAUGGUAAUGGAAAACAUAAUCAUUCAAGGAUGGAAAGUGUAUCUCGCUAAGGAGUAUGUGAUUCUAGGUGAUCGUUGGCUACCAUCUCAGCCAUCUUUCAUCCAUGUAUGUCAAUUCCCUAGUGAUAGGGACAGAUUGCAAAUAGUUGAAGAUUUGAUUGUGCAAGAAACAAAAGAAUGGGAUGCUGAACUUAUUCACCAAAUUUUUAGUCCAACUGGUGUAGCUGCAAUUCUCAAGAUACCCUUGAGUCACAGUGGCCAGAAGGAUAGAAUAGUAUGGCAUUGGCACCCCAAAGGAGAAUUUUAUGUCAAAUCUGUCUAUGAAUGCCUAAUGCAGAAGAGAUCCCAGGAGGAAGCAGGAUCUAGCCAUGCAGGUCCUCUUAUCAACUUGAAGUGGAAAAAUACAUGGAAACUUCCUAUCAAAGGCAAGAUUAAGAACUUUCUCUGGAGAUGUUGGUUUGGCUUUCUAAGCAAAGGGGUGAAGCUGAAGCAGAAAAAGCUGGAUUGUGAUGUUUGGUGCCCUUGGGACUGCUUGGAUGUGCACAAAGCUUCUUUCCAGAGCUGGUGGUUUGAGGUUUGCUUUAAUAGCAAUAGCCCAGGACUGACACCAGAGACUGUUAUUGCUAGAAAGGCUCAAGAGGAAUGGCUUGAAUCAUCAGACAUUCGCAAGACAAUAGUGGUAGAAAGAAGUGGAAAUCAAAGGCAGGACAAUGGGGGACAGAAGUCUGAAGUGGACGAUUCUCAGUGUGGAGUAGGGCACGCUCAUUUAGCUGUCAGUGCUCUAUCCAACACUUCAUGCUGGUUGGGACUUGGAGGUAGAGUGCUCACAGAAGGUGUUUUGAUUUUACAGUGGUCAGAGGCUAAACAAUUUACAGGUACUAAGGAAGAAGGGAAGCUACUGACAAUCAGGUGGAUUUUAGAGAAAGCAAAGGGUGCAGAUAUUGAUGAUCUCAUAUGCUAUGUGGAUGACAGAAAAAUAGCCUCAAAACUCAAGAACCAAAACACCUUUAUUAGUUAUGUUGAUAUUGUUGUUGCAGACAUAUAUGCCUUGCUUAAUCGUAUGAAGGUGCUCUAG